AAAAAAAAAAAAAAACACGAAGUGUCGAUAUCACGGAUGUGGGUAACAUCUUGACGCAACUCCUUUGACUUGCUCCUUUGUGUUGUACUGGAAGUGGGGCCUGCGGCAGCGAUGAACCCAGAGGAGCAGACGGUAACGUGGCUUAUAUCUUUAGGAGUGCUUAAUUCACCGAAAAAGAACAUCGCAGAUCCAGAGGAAUUUCUGAAAACGUCUCUGAAAGAUGGGGUUGUCCUCUGCAAACUCAUGGACCGACUUCUGCCAGGGUCAGUCCAGAAGUACUGCCAGGAGCCCAGGGGCGAAGCGGAUUGUCUUGCCAACAUACGAGAGUUUUUAAAAGGAUGCACAUCCCUUAAAAUAGAGGGCUUUGAAGCAGAGGAUUUGUACACGGGUGAAAACUUUGGCCAAAUCCUGAAUACUCUGCUUUCAGUAAACUUUGCCACUCAAGAUCGUGUUAUUGAGAGGUCAUGUUCGCAGUCCAGCAGCUCCUCCCCUAACCAGUCCUCCUCUUCGCACGCGCUGUCCAAGUCGAACAAGUCGCUGCGCAGACAGUCCAAGCCUGCGGAGAUGUCGGAGAACGGCGGCGGGGGACAGCUGAUGGUCAAGGCGCGCUUCACCUUCAAGCAGAACAACGAGGACGAGCUCUCCUUCAACAAGGGCGAGCUCAUCUGCGUCACGCGCCAGGAGGAGGGCGGCUGGUGGGAGGGGUCGCUCAACGGCAAGACCGGCUGGUUCCCCAGCAACUACGUCCGAGAAAUCAAGCCAUCCGAGAAGCCUGUGUCCCCUAAAGCUGUGAAAGUCUUUGAUGUGCCUCAACUGACAAAGAACUACUAUGGUGUGGUGGUUCAGGACAUCUUGGAGCACGAGAGGGAGUUUGUGAAGGAGCUACAGACCCUACUGAACUGCCACCUCCGCCCGCUGCAGUCCAGUGACCGGUUGUCCAGUGCGGACAGCGCUAGCCUGAUGGGUAAUCUGGAAGACAUCCUGACCUUUCAGCAGGGUCUUUGCGUGGCUCUGGAGGAGUGCACAAAAGUGAGUGAGGCCCAGCAGCGUUUGGGCGGGUGCUACCUGAACCUGAUGUGCCAGAUUAAGAUGCUGUACCUGUCCUACUGCUCCAGCCACCCGUCUGCAGUGUGUGUGCUGACAGACCACGGUGAGGAACUGGACAAGUUCAUGGAGAGUCAGGGAGCUGCAAGCCCAGGGAUCCUGACUCUGACCACCAGCCUGAGCAAGCCCUUCAUGCGGCUGGACAAGUACCCCACCCUGCUGCAGGAGCUGGGGAGGCACGUGGAGGAAGCCCACCCAGACCAUAAUGACAUCCUGAAAGCCAUAGUGGCUUUUAAGAACCUUGUGACACAGUGUCAGGAGCUGCGGAAACGGAAGAACCUGGAGCUGCAGAUCCUCUCGGAACCCGUACGAGGCUGGGAUGGCGAGAACAUGAAGUCUCUGGGCGGGGUCAUCUACAUGUCGCACGUCCACAUGCAGAACGGGACCAAUGAGGACAAAGAGGAGCGUUACCUAAUGCUGUUUCCCAGUGUCCUCAUCAUGCUGUCUGCCAGCCCGCGCAUGAGUGGCUUCAUCUACCAGGGAAGGUUACCACUGACAGGAACCGCAGUAACCAGGCAGAUAGAGGAUGUGGAAAAUGCCUUUGAAAUCACAGGAAGUGUGAUGGAGCGGAUCAUGGUGUUCUGCAGCAGUCAGCAGGAGCUGCAGGAAUGGUUGGAGCACCUGCACACUAUGACCAAAGGAGGAAGCCCUGUGGGCACCAUCAGCAAGAAUGCAGACAGCAAGAGCGCGGUCACCACCCCUAGCCACCAGACCAUGUCGCAGGGGUUCAGCACUCCCGUCAGCAGCCGGGGUCCCCUGGAGCCCCCCAAAAUCACCAAGCCCUGGUCCCUGAGCUGCCUGAGACCUGCGCCACCUCUCAAACCAUCCGCAGCUCUGGGCUACAAGGAGAGGAUGUCUUAUAUCCUGAAGGACUGCAGCAAAAGCCCUCGUCCAAUCACAAAGUUCCUCCAGAAGAGAAAAACCGAAAGAAAACCAUCAGAUGACGAGUUCCUUCAGAGGAAAAGCACAGCUGCUCUGGAGGAGGACGCCCAGAUCUUGAAGGUCAUUGAGGCCUACUGCACGGGGGCCAGCUUCCACCAGACCACCACCGCGGUGCGGAAGGAGUGUGUCCCGCAGGUGCUCCUGCCCGAGGAGGAGAAGAUCAUCGUGGAGGAACUGAGGAGCAAUGGACAGACUAUAAUCGAGGAGAAGAGCCUGGUGGAUGCAGUUUACGCUUUAAAGGAUGAGGUCCACGAAUUAAAAAAGGAGAAUAAGAGAAUGAAGCAGUGUCUCGAGGAUGAGCAGAAAUCACGCAAGGAGCUGGAGCGAAUGGUCAGGAAGCUGGCCAAACACAAGAACGAUUGCGCAUGGGAAGAUGGCAACUUCUAAGCGUUGUGUGCGUGUAUGAAUGUAUGUGCGUACGUGUGGGCAGGUGUCUGUAUGUGUAAGUGUUGAUGUACAGUUGUACACACAUGAAUGUGUGAGCGUGCUUGCUUAUCUUUGGUGCGUUUGCUGGAUUGCUGAAAGCUGCUGGCAGUUUCCACAAAGUAGUAACCCCCCCCCCCCCCCUUCCCAGCCCUGUAAGGACAUUUUCCAUGAAAAAAAUCCAAGAUGGGGUCUUCACUGAUCUUUCAGAUGCUUUUGCACACGUGCAGAGAGCAGAAUUGAACCAGAAUUGAAAAGGUUUCAGGACUGGUGAACGACACCUGCUGUUUGAGGAGCUGUGGGACGGGAUUAGACGUGAAUGUUUGUGGAAUACCCAGGUUUGGGCCCCAGCUCUGGGCCCUCAUGUGUUCUCCUGUCCACAGUCCUGAUGUUUGCUUUUGAGGGGCUGUUUCUGAAGACGCGUGAAAAUUAGGCAAAAAACGACAACUGAAUAACCCGAAUUUUAGAGCUGUUCUUGUACUCUGAACACUGUGAACUGAAAAAAAGAGACUGCUUUGAUUAUUAAAAAUAUGAGGAGAAAAAAAUCUUCAAGUUGCUUCUACCCCUGGAAACUGUGGACGACUUCAAGGGUUUGCUGUAGUGAACUUGAAGAGGAAAAAAAGGCAAAAUAAACUGAUAAAUUCACUUUUGCAUGCACAUAUUUUAAUAGGAGGCCGAUACUUUCGGCCUAAGCCAUGUGGUUUUUUCCUGUACAGUCUGUUAUUUUGGGAGUACAUGGAUGGGUUUCUUAUUGUUGGCAUCCCCACAUAAAGGAUGCCGUAAAGGAAACGAUGGCUUGUUUUGGCUGCCUAAGAACUGCCUUUGAUGGAUCUGUGGCCAUCGUGAAGGUUUCUUGUGGGGAUGAGUGCGCUGAAGGGGCUUUUAAAGUUGCACCUUCAGCUAUUGUGUACUGUCAAAGCUUUAAUAUUAACCUCUAUUCUCUCAACAGUAUAUCCUACCAUUUGCAUGUGUACGUACAGUAUUCCUUGCUUGUGCCACAUAUUCUAUGAAAUAUUUUCUUCCACUUGUAGGUCACAAUUUUAUGAGUUGCUGUCAGUGCUAUUUGUAGUUCAAACAGAAAUGAUUUAUUACAUAUAUGUGGCAUAUGUAUUUAUGUUGUGCGUGUAUGUAUAUAAAUAUAUAUGGCAAAUGCAUACUUUCUUAUGCAAACAAGUUUUCAUAGCUUCCCUAUAUAUACUCUGAGAUAGAAAAGAAUACCAAGGUAUGGCUUAUUUAUUUUUCAUUAAAGUAUUGAAAUGCUGUAUGUUUGGUACUAUAAGAAGCCCACUAUUAGAGGACACCUGAGUCUCCCGGGCUUCUGCCUUAAGCGAGCGUUCUUUGUUCAGAUGUUUCAGUUAUCGCGUCAGCCAUUUUGUCCCCCUAGCUGUCAGGCUUCCAGCCAGGUGCAUGCCUCCUGUGUGAUGGAGUAGAAUGUCAGAUAAAGUGCCUCCCUUUUGUUUGAGUUCAUACAAGACCUACAAGACAACAGGCAGGAAACGGUGGCAGCAUGUAUAGGAAACGGCUCAGUCGGCAAGCUCUUACACUAGCGGUGUCAUUAAAGCACUUUGUUCUAAGAUAACAGGUUUUUAUUGGAAUUUCAGAGCCUAUUAAGUGGAGUUGAACUUAACUGGGUGGAGUGAUGGUGGGAUGAUUGUGGAUGUCGGUGCAGAAAGCCUGGCUGCUGAUGGACUAGAGGACAGACAUAAAUAAAUAAAUAAAACAGGUUUACGUGGUUUUCAUAGGCAAUCAAGUUACCAACACUGUGAAACGUUUUCAACAUGUUGUCUCAGCCUGCUGCAGAGCAUCACAAACAAAAGCUGUAAUGGUAGCAGUUCAAUGCAAUAAGUCACUUUUUAAAACUUACAAUAAUUUUUUUUUUUUUUUUCAAAAAAAAUUUAGGAGUUAGGGGGCCUUUGUUUUGUCGCGUGAUGGGCGAUCAUUUUGGGUAACAAACUUUGGUGUCGACAAUGGAGGUCUUGGCAGUAUGGCGUACCACUGUGAGCUAACUUAACAAAGCUGCAAUCGACUCAGUGAAUUAUACGACGAGUUGUCGUGCUGUGACGCUGAGCUGUGAGGUCGACUGAUCACCUAAAACGUGAUUCGGCCCCAAUAAGAAAAGCAAUUCUGGAUGUGUCAUUACUGUCUUCACAUUUCCUUGCUCUGUCCUCAGAUGUCACUGGAGUCUUAAGCUAAGCUCUGCAAGCUGCCAUCUGUAUAAGCAUACUUCAGAUAGCCUUUAGAACAUCAUAUAUAUUGUGAUAGUUUGCUGUGUGGCAAAUGGAUAAAUGUAUUUCAUUAAUCUGCCUUUAUUUUCUAUUUAUUAUUUAAAUGGUCCUAGUAUCUCAGUGGCCAUGGUUACAUUUUUUUAUGGAUUUAUUGGAUGGCUUUGAAUGUCGGAUGCCCAUAGGAAUGCCUUUUCUAGCCUAGCAGUACUGAACGGGGCACGGGUGGGUGGUGGGAAAGGAGAUAUGAACAGUAGGCCCUAAAAUCAUGGACUCAGCGGAUCAGAAACAUGCUUACGCCUGGGGUCCGUUCCACGUGUGUGGUUUGCUAAUCAUUCUAUGCAAUUAGCUUCAUUGUUCUUGCGUGUUUUUGUUUUUUGUUUUUGUUUUUUUCUAACAUCUCCAUGUACUGUUUUGCCUAAUGUAAUUAAGGUAUGUCUUUUAAUAAAAUAAAAAAAGUACCUUUGAAA